CAUCCUGAUGCUGACGAGUCAGAGAAGAGUCUCUCCAGAUCAGAUCACCAGAUGGACAACGCUAGCCCUUCCUUACUGCUGGGUAUGAAGAGGUUGUCUGUGCUGCUGGUGGACUGCAGGAAAACAACGGGGCUGAGUGGAACUGUGAGAGGACGACAAGAGAAGAAAGGAUCAGAUUUGACACAUCAAAGAGAAAGACCAGACUCAGAGGAACCAGAGCCAGGGAUAUCCAAACCAGCAAGAAGACACCAGUGUUCCCACUGUGGAAAGGGUUUUAACCACUUAAGUAAUCUUAAACGACACGAGAGAAUACACACAGGGGAGAAGCCUUACCACUGCUCCCAGUGUGGAAAGAUGUUUAACCAGAAAGGAACCCUGAAAGCUCACGAGAACAUUCACACAGGGGAGAAGCCUUAUCACUGCUCCCAGUGUGGAAAGUGUUUCAACAAGUCAGGGAAGCUGAAAGAGCAUGUGAUAAUUCACACAGGGGAGAAGCCUUAUCACUGCUCCCAGUGUGGAAAGAUGUUUACCCGGAAAGGAAACCUGAAAAAGCACGAGAGAAUACACACCAGGGAGAAGCCUUACCACUGCUCCCAGUGUGGCAAGUGUUUCAGUGGGAAAGGGGAUCUGAAAAAGCACGAAAGAAUACACACAGGGGACAAGCCUUACCACUGCUCCCAGUGUAGCAAGUGUUUUAACCAGGGAGGGGCCCUGAAACAGCACGAGAGAAUACACACAGGGGACAAGCCUUACCACUGCUCCCAGUGUGGCAAGUGUUUUAACCGGAAAGGAAACCUGAAAGCUCAUGAGAACAUUCACAAAGGGGAGAAGCCUUACCACUGCUCCCAGUGUGGCAAGUGUUUUAACCGGGUAGGAGCCCUGAAAAAGCACGAGAGAAUACACACAGGGGAGAAGCCUUACCACUGCUCCCAGUGUGGCAAGUGUUUCGGUUGGAAAGGGGAUCUGAAAAAGCACGAAAGAAUACACACAGGGGAGAAGCCUUACCAAUGCUCCCAGUGUGGCAAGUGUUUUACCCAGUUAGAGACCCUGAAACAGCACAAGAUAAUACACACAGGGGAGAAACCUUACCACUGCUCACAGUGUGGCAAGUGUUUUACCCAGUUAGGGUCCCUGAAACAGCACAAGAUAAUACACACAAGGGAGAUGCAUUACCACUGCUCCCAGGGUGCCAUGCUUUUGCCCAUUUAGGAAGCCUGAAAGAACAUGAGACACAGAGGAGAAGGCUUACAGAAGGUUAGAUUUUGUGAAAAGAUAUUACUCAUCACAAUCACACAAUCACAUCCACACAGGAGAGAGAAAUGACUUCUCUUUGCAUGUAUAUUGAUAUUUCACAUCUCAUUGACUAACAAGUCAUCAGAGAACAUACACAGUGCUCCCAUUGUCUUAUAUUGUUGCCUUAUAAUGUGUUUACCUGUUUUUACCAGCUGAAAUUGCUUCUUCCAAUUAUUGAGUAACAUGUACCUGUUAAGAAACUGACUGUUAGAUAUGUUAAGGCUCCAUGGAUUGAUGAGGAAUUUAAAAACUGUAUGUUUGAAAGAGUUGGGGCAAAAGGAGUGGCUAAUAAGUCUGGCUGCACAUCUGGCUGGUUUACAUACUGCAAACUGAGAAAUGAUGUGACCAAACUCAACAAAAAUAAUAAACUUUAAUAUGAAGCCAAGAUCAAUGAUAUAAAGAAUGAUGGAAAAAAACUUGUAAAAAAACACCAUGAAAGAAAAGUAGUGCAAGUAUCGAAUUUUGUAAAGUUAGUGUGGGAGAGGUGGAACAAUUGGUAUCGAUCAAUAAUGACAAACCUCCUGGCAUUGACAACUUAGAUGGAAAGCUACUGAGGACAGUAGCUGACUCUAUAGCCACUCCUAUCUGACAUAUUUUUAAUAUGAGCCAAGAGGAAAGUCUUUGUUCUCAGGCCCGGAGGGAAGCCAAAUUAAUCCACUACCCAAGAGUGGUAAAGCUGCCUUUACAGCAGACCUAUAAGCUGGCAGCAAGCUCUAAGCAAACUGUUGGGGAAAAAAUGGUUUGAACAAAUACAAUGCUAUAUUUCUGUAAACAAAUGAACAACAGACAUUCAGCAUGCUUAUAGAGAAGGACACUCAACAUGUA